GGUAUUUAAAAAAGAGAAUAUAAUAAUAAAAAAACCCAAAAGCAACCAUCAUUUUAAAACUAAAUGAGUAUAUGAAGGCGAUGAAUUAAAUGAUUAUUUAAUAAUGUAAUGAUUAUUUAAUAAUGUAACGAUGAGCUGUUUCAUCGUGCCAUUUUAAUAUUUGAAUGAGCUAGAGAGGUGAUAAUAAUUGGAACUAAAAUAGAGAGAGCCAACCCCUGACACCUGUGGCUGUAGUCGAUUAAUUUGUGUGUUGUGAAUCUCCAGCAAUAUGCAGCAAGGUAUUUUACUCUAGCACAUAAAUAAACAUAAGUUGAAUUUGGUUCAUAAAUUAUAUCAUCUAAGACAUGAAUAAACUAUAACUACACAUUUUCAGAUGGUUCUUCAAUUGGUAAAGCCAUCCAUCUCACACAUGUUCUGGCUGCCUCCUUUGCCGGUUUGAUUGUCGCCGGAGCCGCCUCGCGUUACCGGAAGCAAGGGUCCACGGUGGUGGUAGAUCAGAAGAUCGUUCCCCAAGUGUAUAGAACAGAAUCUGAUCGUUUUGGAAAGAUAGAAAAAUUCUCCCACUAUGUCGGCUUGUGUGUUGGCAGCUAGGCAAAUAGGAUUUGAAGAUGCUAGUGAAGUCCCAGAGUUAUGCAUACUAGCCCAAGAAUAUCUAAAAAAAUCCAAAGGGUGUGACCAAAGCAUAUAUGAAUAUGUUGCCAAUGAAAAUGAUUCAAGUUCUCUCUAUGUCAAAUUGGUUGAUGAGUUUGAAAGAUGCAUCCUCAGUUAUUUUGCAUUUCAUUGGAAACAAGCUCCAAAUGUUAUUAGUCAGGUAUUGAAUAUUGAGUCUCAACACAAAACAAAGUUGAAGGAAAUUCUAUUGGCAGCUACAAGGAAACAGAGAUUUGAGACAAUAACAAAGAACCUGAAGGUGACAAGAGUUUUCUCUACUUUGGUAGAAGAGAUGAAAUUAAUCAAUGGAAGUAAAUCUAAAGAAGUCAUGAUACCCAUGGCCCACAAUGAGAGGAGUCCAGUGUUGCUGCUAAUGGGUGGUGGUAUGGGAGCUGGAAAGAGCACUGUUCUUAAAGACAUUCUUAAAGAAUCAUUUUGGUUAGAAGCAGCUUCAAAAGCAGUGAUUGUUGAGGCAGAUGCUUUUAAGGAAAAUGAUGUCAUAUAUAAAACCAUUAAAUCAAGGGGUCACCACGAUGACAUGCUUCAAACUGCUGAAUUGGUACAUCAAUCUUCAACUGAUGCUGCAUCGUCUCUAUUAGUGAGAGCUUUAAAUGACGGGCGAGACGUGAUCAUGGAUGGUACCUUAGCAUGGGAACCUUUUGUGGAGGAGACUAUUGCUAUGGCAAGAAAUGUUCACAAAUGUAAGUAUAGGAUGGGAGUAGGGUAUAAAGUUGAAGAGGAUGGAACAAUUACUGAGAAUUAUUGGCAUCAAGUGAACGAGGCAGAAGAAGAACAUCAAUCAGAAGAAGAACUACGCGUGCGAAAGCCUUACAGAAUCGAGCUAGUCGGCGUGGUUUGUGAUGGCUAUCUUGCAGUUAUUAGAGGCAUUAGGAGAGCUAUUAUGACAGGAAGAGCAGUGAGGGUGAAUUUACAAUUGAAAUCUCAUAAAAGAUUUGCUAAUGCAGUUCCAAGAUAUUGCAAACUUGUUGAUAAUGCUAGAGUGUUUUGCACAAAUGGUGUUGGUGUUCCACCAAAGCUUAUUGGGUGGAAAGAUGGUAAUCACAAUCUACUAGUAGAUCCUGAAGACAUAAAAAGCUUGAAAAAUGUAGCAAGUUUAAAUGAUAAAGCUGAUUCCAUAUGUGAACUUCACAAGAAGCCUAAUCCAGUAAUGGAACCUGGUUCUAUUUGGAAUGACUUUGUUUUGUCACCUUCAAGGUCAAGUGACCAAAAAGAGUUAAGAAAAUUCAUUUGUAAAAGAGAGAAAUUCCUCAUAAAAAUGUGACCAAUAUAGUUGCUGCCAUAAAACAUUUGGCUUUUUAAUGGAUUAGUGUAAAACCAUUAAGAAGCAUACCUUCGUUAGGACAUAAGAUGCCUCACCUCAAAGUUUACAAUAAUUUUUUUUAAAAUACUACUACUUUUACUU